AUGUUGACCUACUUUGCGAGCGCGCGGGUAAAGGCCAAGAAGAAAGAGAAGGACACAGAAUCACCACAAGCCAAGCCGCAAGCGAGUCACAGUGGGAGUCAAGCACCGAGCCACACGAGUCAAGGUCCUUCGAAUGCCCGGGCACGAGGAGAAGAAGCGCGAAUUGAGGAGAGGAAGCGUGAUGAACGAGAUGAAGAGCGCCGAAGGGAAGCCGAGAGCCGAGAUGCCGAGAGCAAAAAAGCCGAGAUGCCGAGGGAAAAGCGGCCACCGUACGGACAGCGCACGACGGCCAGCGCACUCCAUGCUGCCCCCAGUGCUCCACCAGCGGAUGGAGACGUCACGUGUGGUCCAAAAAAGAAGGAGCACGGGAAAGCUAAAGCACUACCGACUUUCUCUAAACAACCGCCAGCACAUCCUCCAGCUGUGCCUCCUGCACAGCCUCAGCAGCUUCCACCUCCACCCGAGAAAAAGACCCAUCCGCAGCAACAACCACCUGCGCACCCACCCUUGCAGCCACCCACCCUUCCACCGGCACAGCCACCUGCGCAAACGCCGGCGCCGCCAGCUGUCCCACUGAACUCCAUGUGGGCAGACAACAAGUCGUCAACUGUGGACUUCGUGGGUCAGCCACCUGCGGCAGAAGAUUCAACAGCCAUGGCACUGCCACCACCUCCUUCCAUUCCACCACCACCUGCCCCCUGUGGCUCCCUCGUGACGAGUGUGAAGCCAAAAGCCAUAAGCCCAGCUCCUCCUGCCGAGAUGGAUCCAAGCAUGAGGAAUAUUCAGCGUCCUCCUCCCGGAAUCGACCUGGGCCUGUUGUUGACAGGGCCUGCCCCAGGACUAUCGCCGCAACCUGUCCUGCCUCCCCCGGGCAUUGCCAACGCUUUUCCUCCCGACUCAGCCCUGGCCCCUGCAGAGGCAGCCGCUGUUUCAGCCGUCCAAGGUUUGGGGACCGACAGCUUUUUCGGAGGAACUGGGUUGGGAGCUCCCGGUUUGGACUUUGGAGGUUUGCAGCCCGGAAAUGGCCUGGGUGCCAUUGGAUUUCCACCUGGCAUUUCGCCAAAGCAGCCAAUGCCGCCUCAACGAGCACUGGGGCUACAGCGGGUGCCAUGGGCUGUCUUCCGAUGCAGCGAUGGCUCCUCCUCCACUGGCUCCACUUCGGACCCCGACGUUGCCAGCUCUGCAGUUCUCCCUCAAAUUCAGAGCCAGCUAGAGAGCAUCAAGCAGCAGACACAGGCGCUGGAAGAAGCUACGCGUCAGCUUCGCGAACAAGAGGCGCAGCUCUCCAGCCAGGCAGCUCGCCUCACUCUUUUGGAGAAGCAGGUGGACGAUCGCUUGACAUCCUUGGAGGGCAAGGUCGCCCGGAUUGAGACCAGCGAGGAGCAGCACUACUCGGAGGUGAAAGCUGCAUUGGUUAGCAUCCGGGAGGGCAAUGAGCGCGCGGCUGAAGUUCAAGCCCAGGAGGAUGCACGACGCAAAGCUAGAGAAGAAGAGGAACGUCGGCAAGCGGAGGAGGCAGAGGAGCAAAGACGCCGCGAGAGAGAGGAAUUGGAAGCACAAUUGGUAGAACAGGAAUUGGAGCGACAAAAAAAGGAACAGGAGGAGGAGGAGCGCCGUAAGAAGGAGCUCAGCGAACGUCAGCAGAAGCAAGAGGAGGAACUUAUCGCCCAGAAGGCUGCAGCUGCUGCGGAGAAAGUUGCAGCAGAGAAAGCUGCUGCAGAGCGAGCUUCCGCAGAGAAGGUCGCGUCAGUUGAGGUGGUUCCACAGGCAGAAGUCGUAGAACAACCAGAAGUCACCCAGGCCCCGGCGCGAAGCAAUCCACUAAACCGGCUCACCAACGCACAGAGGAACCAGUACAAGAAUUCCAAGAAGAAGUUGAAAGAAAUUGCUGAUGUCCAGGAGCAGUUGGAUGCCAAGAAGGUGAAGUUCUUCAGUUUGCCAGAUACUGUGCAAGAAAAGAUGAGGCGAAAGCCAGAGUUAGAGAGAGAUGUCGCCGAGUUGGAGCGCUUGGCUGAGGAGCUGGAACAAGAAGCACAGCAGGCCGAACAAGCCCCAGAAGAAGAGGCAGCAGAGGAGCCACUUGCUGAGGUUGAAGAUGCUGCAGAGGAGGCUGAGGAAAAGGAAGGUGGCGAAGGCCAGAAUGCAGAGAAUGAUCCCGAGGAGCAGGAGGAAGAAGAAGCAGAGGACCCAGAAAUACUGGCAGCACGUGCGGCUGAGGAAGCAGCUGCUGGAGCCGCAGCUGCUGCUGAAGCCCUCGAGAUUGAAAAGCAGGCACUUGAAGAAAAGAAGCAGGCUCACCAGAAAGAGAAGAGGGGCCUCUUGAAGAAGAUCAGAGAUAUUGAGUCAAUAGAGGCCACAAUGCGGGAAAAGGGGCAAACGGUCGCUGAUUUAUUGCCAGAAAGGCAGCAGAAGGUCGCAAGAAAAGCUGAAUGGACCGGCGGUGUGGCGGAAUUGGACCGGACCAUCGCAGAGGUGGAAAGGAAGCUGCGUGCCUUGCAACAGUGUGACGAGGAGGAGCCCCAAGAGCCCGAGGAACCUGCUCCGGCUGCUCCAGAAACAGAGGAGGUUGAAGCUCCUCAAGAUUCUGUUGUAGAGACCGUGGAAGAGAAGAAGGAUGAAGCCGAAGCCGUCGCGGAAGAAGAAGAAGAAGAAGCUGCGGCAGAAUCAGCACCUGCUGAAUCUGCGCAAGAUGCUUCAGUUGGCGAUCGGUCACCGGCAGAAGAAGACGAGGCGGCACCAAAGAGUAAGCCCCGUGCUAAAGGCAAAGCUGCACCAAAGGCAAAGAAAAAGGCAAAGAAGACAGCAGACAAGAAAAGGAGUGAUUCGGCAGAAAUCGAUGCGCUUGCUCGGGGCAUUGCGGACGAUACGCAGGCUGACAAGAAGAAAGGACUUUUGUCGUUUUUUGGGCUUUGA